GACACAAGUCACUUCCGGGUGUUUACUUUUGCUGUCUUUGGGCAGGCAGUUGUCUUGUACCCCGGCUGUGGAAGCAAGGCGCUGUUUUGUUGUUGUCCAGCCAGUGUUCGUUACGGCGUGCUGUCGCAAGUUCCGGAGAGACAGUGCUGAGCGUGUUUCACAUGCGGCCAUUACGCUUCUGGAGUUGUUGACAGUGCAUUAAUAGACGCAAGAGGUAAUCGACAAGGACUGCAUUUCGUCAACACUAUGUCUAAUUCUCCACGUUCAUCGAGCGAUGUUCCUGGUGAUCGGUCUAGAGAAAGCGCCGUCGAAGGUGGCGAUGAAAGCGGCAGAACAUCUGCAGCCUUCUUGCCGACCAGUCGGUCGGAACCGGAGGACGCAGGAGCAGCCGCGAGUGCCAGAAGUCCCGCUCAGAAAGAGAAGACGUCUCCAAGUCGGCAGCCGGUGCAGCGACCGCACUCCCUGAGUCUGUCGCCGGCAUUCCUGCCGCCUCUGAAGCCACACACAUCGCCAGUAGCGCUGCCUCUGGCGCAAUCGACGCCCACUGGCUCUACGGUGUCACCACUUCCGUCAGCAACCUGGGGUUCUCCAUCGCCUCAUCUGCUGUCUCCGCCGAUGUUGACACCUUCGUCAACAGAUGGGGAGUCACUACUGCCAUCUGCAGAACACUCUGCUAGGCUACAAGGAGUCCUGCCACUGUACACGCAGUUUAAGAAUGUGGUGGCGGAAGCUCAAAGGGAGGCAUCCGAGGGCGUGGCUGGGAGCCGUACAAAGACUCUUAGACCCCGGAGUUCUCUCUCGCCCUCUUUUCGCAAGGAGUUCUCCACAGAUUACAAGUCGAAACCGCGAAAACGGAAGAAGUUAUCUGGAAGUAAGAAGCUCCUCACAGGAAAACAUCGUCCGAAAGGGCGGCAGGCGGAGUUGGCAGCUUCAAAACCACCACCAUCACCUCCUGCUGCUGCUGCUGCUGCCGCCGCCGCCGCCGCCGCCGUCACACAAUCCAUAGCUUCUGAGGUCAAACCGACGUCGAAGUCUACUCGCUCACCAUCGGCAGUCAAGAAAGCGCGGGCUGUCGGAGUUAGCCAUCAACACCAGCCCUCUACAGUUGCCACACCUGCGACAUCGUCUCGAGGACCGUCCCAGGGUGGUUCUGGAGGAAAAUCUGCACCAACGCGUCGCUCCACAUCGCCUCGGAAAGAGCCCCGGCGUGAGAAGAGCCGAUCCAAAGAUCACGAGGCUGGAGGCGAGCACCUACCGAAGCCGCUUCUACUGUCACCGUGCAAAGUGUCGCUUGCGCGACUGCCUAGCAAGAAGAUACCGUCUACAGCAGGCGGCUUCUGGAGUUCUUCUCGUGCGGAGGCUGCUGUUACCGAAACAUCGCUGAGAGACAUAGUGAGUGCAUCGCCAACGGAGGGGCAGCGAGGCAUCCCAUUGAAUGAAGAACUGGUUAAGAAACGAAGAGGUCGGCCUCCGCGGAAGAGCUCGGUGUCGACUGAGGGACAGGUAAAGAAACGUAAAGAUCACCAGCCACUGAAAGCUGCCACACUUAGUAAAACUUCGACUGGAGGAGUGGCAAAGAAACGUCUAGAUAACCAGCCACUGAAAGCUGCCAAACUUAGUAAAACUUCGACUGGAGGAGUGGCAAAGAAACGUCUAGAUAACCAGCCACUGAAAGCUGCCACACUUAGUAAAACUUCGACUGGAGGAGUGGCAAAGAAACGUCUAGAUAACCAGCCACUGAAAGCUGCCACACUUCGUAAAACUUCGACUGGAGGAGUGGCAAAGAAACGUAAAGAUAACCGUCCACUGAAAGCCGCCACACUUAGUAAAACUUCGACUGGAGGAGUGGCAAAGAAAUGUAAAGAUCGCCUCCCAUUGAAAGCUGCCAUCCUUGACACAUCAACUGCAGGAGUGACGAAGAAACGUAGAGGUCAGUCUGCUUUGAAAGCCGCCAUUUUAGCUACGAUGUCCGAAGGUAGAAAAACAUCCUCCAUGAAACGGUCUGUCAAGUGCUCUGUAGAACAAAAAGCUCUUAGUGAAACUAAGAAAACUCUGAAGAAAACAGAGUUGUCCAUACCCACAAAUAUCCCUGUGACAUCUGACCUGGCUUUUUGCCUUCAAAGAGCUCCGAAACAGACAGCUCCAUUUUUGGCUCAGAAGCCGAAGCGGAAAAGUACUGCCAAGGGAAAAGCACCUUUUUUGCAUAAACAGACGUCUAAUUCAGUUCAAGCAUCAGAGCAUCGGAAGAAGGCCUCUGAUCUGCGUCAGACCAAUAAGGACAAAGCCCAGAGGUUGAUCUUGAAACUUCGUAAGGAGAGAAUGAGAAAAACUUCGGUAACUACCAUUCCUCUGAAGACAGUUUCAGCACUGGAAUCAACUUCGCAAUCUAAGAGACAAAGCGCUAGUGGAUUGUCACAUAGUAGCUUAGAAGGUUCAUCAGAAGGGACAUGGAUUGUUGCUGAAAACAACAUUCAGCAGUGGACUGGCACGGGGCCGGAUAAAGUGGGAGAAACGACUCCGGAACGUCGAUCAAGGCGUUCUGCAGCUAUGCUGGCUCGUCAGGCAAUUGUGGCAGCUUUCGAAGAAGAAGCAGAAGAAGAAGAAGCAGCCAUGGACCGUUCAAAGAAGCAGCAUGUAAAGACAUCACCAGAGUGGAAAAUCUCCAGUGGGCCCAGAAAUCCGAUCUGCUGGGUGACGUACACUUCGAAAAGCAAUGAGAACAGCAAGAAAGCUCUUGUGAGGAAGCGUAUUCUUCAGCAGCAGGACAAUGAAGGACCCUCACGAACUGGUACUUCAGAUGAUGAUUCCGUCACAUUCGUCUUAGAUGAUUUGGUGCAAACAGUAGACUCUAUGAACUCUGCUCUUCAGGAAAUUGAGCUAAAUUCAAGUGAGAACGCGGAGUGUUCACAUCUUCCCAGCACGGCUCCACUUCUGGUCGAGCUAACAUCUUCAGUGCAAGAGCCACAGCCCACAACAGAUAACGGGGAAACUGAUGGCGGCAGCACCACAACCGCUACAAACCAGUCGAAAACAGAGAUUCAGAACCUGGCAGGGAUACAGACAUCACCCUUCGUUGUUAAAGAGCCUAGGAGGCGUCAAAGCAGUGGAUCGCAGUCUGGUGGUGAUGCUGCUGUAGCAGCUUCCCCUGAAGUAAUAACUGCCGAUGUUGGGUCAGCAUCGGGACAAGGGCCAGAAGCGGAGGAUCUUCCACGAGGUCGAUGUUCGUCGUUGGGAAGUGGCUCUACUUGGCCCAGUCCAUACACUGGGUCACGGGGUCGAUCCAGAAGUUCCAGUCCGCCUACUGCAACACGAAGUUAUCUCCGUUCUAAUCCUACAGACUACGGACGCGCAAAUCCCCCAAACUCGGACAGAAAGGGCGCUCAAUUCAAUUCCAAGCACUGGAAAAAGCAUAUGAUAUUACCUAGUGAACAGCACCAGCAGGAAAUGUCCUACGAGGACCAGAGGGAGACAGAAAACAGAGAAACGCAGAGCGCCAUCACCGAACACGUCGUAACCCACGUGGUAGGGCGUAACGUUCCCAGUAACACAGCUGGAGACGGAUAUGCUACGAGUCGAGUACAACAAACAUCUGAAAAUCAGUGUGACCCUGCUGGUGACAAUUUGCCCGAACAGCGCAAAUCCCCAUCUUACACACUGCCUUCAUAUUCAUCGAAAUAUCAUAGACCAUGGAGAUGGUGUAAGACUGAAGACACUGAAGACAAUGACACUUGCAUGCCUAUUGAUUUGUCUUUACCGACGGUUAGUGGUAAAUUUUCCGUCCCAGAAGUAAUACACCGAGAACAUGCUGAUGACACAACCGGAGACGUUUUUCCAGUUCAAGAAACAACUGAGAACAGAAGGGAGCCUGCUGAUGAUUGUAAUUUGUCUGUUGGGCACAGAGGCGUUCAGACAUUUCCAUCGUGGUCGCUAAAAUCCGAUACGUCAUGGUCAGUUCGCAAGAUGGGAAGACAGUCAAACAUCGGGGAAGUAUCCACCGCUAUUGAACGGUCUCCGUUGACUACACGCAGUGAGUCUUCAAUUUCCGAGAUACACCGAGUGCACUCCGAUAGCACAACUGGAGACGUAAGUUCUCCUCUGAUACCGGUGCAACGAAGAGUCGAGAAGCGGUGCGAAUCUACUGGUGUCAAUUUGUCUCUCCGGCACAGAAGGGUUGAGGCACUGUCUUCAUGGUCGUUAAAAUUAAAUUCGUCAUGGUCAGAAACCGAGAUGGAAAUCCAAGAAGACAGCGGGGAAGGUGUAACUGUUCCCGAAGCGCCUGUGGCGACGACACGUAAUGAGUCUUUAGUCCCAGAGAUGUUACACCGACAGCAAGAAAGUUCCAGUCUUCUUAAGCCGUCUACGUCCUCAAGUCUGUCGCUCGCUAAAGAGAGAGCCUCAUCAGACGAUGAUCCGGAGCUACUGUAAGACAGUUGCGGGCCAGAUUCUACACCCACAGAAUCGCAAAGUCUCUUUGUCUCCCUUGCAUCCAGUUCAGAUAACACAGCAGAAUGACAAAAAUCUCUUGUUGACGUACAUAAUCUAGAGAAUGAUUCAAAAAGUAUUUCUUCCAUAUGCCUCGAACUAGACAGUGCGGUAACCAGUGCUGCUAAAUUUAAAACGUCACGAGCAAUCUCUACGUAUCUCUAUUAUCCUCACAGGAUAUUUCAUCUUAUAUAUGGUCAAGGAAUAGUCUCCAUUGCUCCUCGAAUGCAUCUGGAGAGAGUACCGAAUAAAUUAAGUCAGAAAUAUUGAAGUAUGUGGACAAAUGGAUUGUCAGUGCUGACGCUGUGGAUAGUUCGGAGCAAUAUAGUAGCAUAUGCCUUAUCGUUACUGCUGCUGCGCAGGAACUGCAAGAGGUACAAGAGUCAACUCUUCGUUUCAAUUACGCUCGCACAAGACAAGGUGAUAUCCGUAAGUAAAUCCUCAUUUUUCCCGCCGUAACAGUCGAGAUAACGUUCAGAGUGCUAUUGCUCGUGGUCUCCUAUAACAAAGUUCAGAACAGUAUCGUUGAGUUACAUGGUUGAAUUGAUAUACAGUACAUCGACAAAAAUAGCUAUGUUUAUAAUGCAGAUGCAACGGCUAACGACAGAGACAUUCCUUCAGAAAAUGUCACACGUGUCGUCCCAUGCUAAUACCACUAUGUAACAUGAGUUGUGCAUUGUCAGAAGAGAUCACGUGUUUCGGCUUUCGUGCAGAUACAGUACUGCUACGGUGCGGAUAACAGGUGCAACGCGUUGUGUGAGUGAAAUGACGCAGUAAGUCCAAAGCUAAAAUAUGCGGCCACCCGGGGAAGAGGGCAAAACGUCUGAACUGCCCACAGAUAGGCUGUGAAUUCUGGUAGUACACGAACCAAAGGCAAUGUCGUGUCGAGUGGUAGUGAAAUGCUGCAAAGAAUUUUACCAGUGCCAUGCGGACGCGGGUGAUGCUGUCGGGAAGAAAGGCCACGAAACAAACUGCAGAUGGCGGUGUCCAACCAACCUUUUCGGCAAGCUGAAAAGACAUCUGCGGAAAGAGGCUCUCCAAUCCUGCGAACACACACACAGCGGCUCUCGAAUGAUUCCGUGGCCAACGAGCAGAUUUCUAUCCACAUGGCCAUGAUCGACCAGUAGGACGUACCGACGGCAUGUUCAGAGACAUGGUGACUGUGUUUAUGAAUAUCAUGUACCUGUGUCACUUUGAAGUGUAGU